AUGUCCCACAAGAGCAUCCUUGGCUUGUGGUUAUCACUCGUUCUCUUUGGAGCUGGAACGUUUGGAGCAGAAGAACUGAAUGGCAUUCUGGGGGAGUCUGUCACCUUCCAAGUGAAGACCUCUCCACCAUUUGAAACAAUUUCCUUGAAUAAAAUUAUCAAUAGCAAUCCUAGAAGUGUUGCUUUGGUGACCUUCAAGGAGCUGUCAUGUACCUUCUUGUUCCUCCACCCAGACUUUCAAAAGCGACUGAACAUCUCCAGUGACUGCAGAAAUUUACAUCUUGGCCCUCUAAAGAAAGAGGACACUGGCAGAUACAGUGUAUUAAUUGUUUUACCAACUAAAACGACAGUGGUCGAGUCCUUUGAUCUGCGAGUUUUUAGAACGUUUGGAGCAGAAGAACUGAAUGGCAUUCUGGGGGAGUCUGUCACCUUCCAAGUGAAGACCUCUCCACCAUUUGAAACAAUUUCCUUGAAUAAAAUUAUCAAUAGCAAUCCUAGAAGUGUUGCUUUGGUGACCUUCAAGGAGCUGUCAUGUACCUUCUUGUUCCUCCACCCAGACUUUCAAAAGCGACUGAACAUCUCCAGUGACUGCAGAAAUUUACAUCUUGGCCCUCUAAAGAAAGAGGACACUGGCAGAUACAGUGUAUUAAUUGUUUUACCAACUAAAACGACAGUGGUCGAGUCCUUUGAUCUGCGAGUUUUUAGAACGUUUGGAGCAGAAGAACUGAAUGGCAUUCUGGGGGAGUCUGUCACCUUCCAAGUGAAGACCUCUCCACCAUUUGAAACAAUUUCCUUGAAUAAAAUUAUCAACAGCAAUCCUAGAAGUGUUGCUUUGGUGACCUUCAAGGAGCUGUCAUGUACCUUCUUGUUCCUCCACCCAGAUUUUCAAAAGCGACUGAACAUCUCCAGUGACUGCAGAAAUUUACAUCUUGGCCCUCUAAAGAAAGAGGACACUGGCAGAUACAGUGUAUUAAUUGUUUUACCAACUAAAACGACAGUGGUCGAGUCCUUUGAUCUGCGAGUUUUUAAACGUUUGGUGGACUCUGAGCUGAAUGUGACCUGCACUCCUGAGGGGACUGGAAACAGAACCUGGCAGCUGACUUGCUCUACAGGGACCUGGGAAGACAGAGUGAACAUCAGCUGGACCUCAUCUGCCCAGAGCACAGGUCCUACCCCUUGGAGUUCUGUGCUCCGGUUUGUCUCCCAGGACCUCGAUGCAACAUGCAGAGCAGAAAACCCUGUUAGCCAGGCAUCCAGGACAGUCUCCUUAAAGGAAGUUUGUGCAGAAGAGAGACCUGGGACAGAGGACCCCCAAGUGAAUGUACAGACCACGAACCUCUCCAAGCUGCCUCUCUGGGCCCUCUUGUGUCUUAUCGAAGUGGGAAAUCUUCUCCUCCUUGGCUGUUUGGUGCUCAUUUUGAUGAUGAAAUCCAGAAAAGCAGAUGGAGGAGGAGGAAGGCGGGCCCAGCCACACCCUGGAGAUGAUUGACAGAUGACUGAGAUGAGUCUCCCUCCUGCCACUUCACUUCAUCGUCUUCCUUGGCAGCUUUUAAGAGGAGCCUUUGGGACAAGGGUGCUUCUAUGGACCAGCCAAUCAGAUCUUUUACUAGUAUGGCUAGUGGGAGGGGCCGGAGAGGUG